AUGCUCUUGAGAUUUUAUCAAGGAUUCGCUGAUGGCCAUAUUUAUGUUACUUGCUAUGCUAUUGUAUCAACUGAGUUUACUCAAAAUAGAGGAGAAGCAAUAGGAUACUUAGAAGCAGGAAUGGGAUUGGGUUUAAUGAUGGGAGCUCCAUUAGGAUAAGCAUUUUCAGUUUUAAUGAGCUAUCCGUUUAUUUUCUUUGGGUCUGGAAUACUCCUUAUUUUACCACUUACCUUAACUGCAUUUUUAAUACCAAGAAGGGUCGAAAAAUAUUAAGAAGAUAAAGUUAUCAAUAGAAUGGAUACUCAAAUUGCAUAUGAGGUUUCUUAUGGCGAGAUAUUAAAGAAUACUAAAGUCUUGAAUUCUUUGCUUUUUUCUAUUAUUGGAGGAGUAGUUAUGAUUUUCAAUUAAAUGCUAAUUACAAAUUAAUUAGUAAAAAUAGGUGUCUCACCAUAAUUAACAGGUAAUUAUUUUAUUAAAAAAAUUUAGGGUAUAUAAUGGGGAUUUCUGGACUGUCAUUUUUCAUUUUCAGCAUCAUUUGUGGAAUUAUGGUUGAUAAGGUAGAAAAUUAUUAUUUAGUUUAAGCAUCUUUCAUAACAAGUGCUUUAUCAUUAUAUCUUCAAGGAUCUUCUAACAUUUUGUGGACAACUCAGUAAUUAAUUUAUCCAAAUUACACCAAUUUAUAGAUAUUCUCUUGCACGAAUGUUUAUCGGAAUGGUUCUUAUGGAUUUAUCUAUUUCGCUUCUAUCAACUUCUUUGCUUCCAAAUAUUAUAAAGGCAGUCGAAGAAAAAGAAAAAAUAAGUGAGAAUAAUGACUAACUAAUUGAUAAAGCUUCAACACUCUACACUCUAUAAUUUACGAUCAUUUCUUUACUUGCACCUAUGCUAGGCGGCUAAUUAAGUGAUAAUUUUGGAUAUAACAAAUCAUGUGAUUUGAUGGGAAUGACCUCAGCUUUCCUUGGCAUUUUAUAUUUCGUAGUCAAUAUAUUAAUUAAGAAUUUGAGAACUUGA